AUGCGGAAGAAGGUUUUAUUAAUGGGGAAAAGUGGUGGCGGCAAAACGUCAAUGCGUUCAAUUAUAUUCGCUAAUUAUAGUGCAAAAGAUACACGUCGUUUGGCGGCCACAAUGGAUGUUGAACAAGCAUAUGUUCGGUUUUUAGGCAAUUUAAUUUUGAACCUGUGGGAUUGUGGAGGUCAAGAAGCAUUCAUGGAAUGUUAUUUUGCGACCCAAAAAGACAAUAUAUUUAAAAAUGUUGAAGUGCUCAUUUAUGUAUUCGAUGUUCAAAGUCAGGAAAUGGACAAAGAUAUGCAUUAUUAUCAGUCGUGUUUAGAAUCUAUUCUGCAGUAUUCACCACAAUCAAAAGUAUUUUGUCUUGUCCAUAAAAUGGAUUUAAUUCCCGACGAUUUUCGUGACAAAGUUUUUACAGAACGUGAAGCAGUAUUAAAAAAUUUAUCAAAACCGUUAGAUUGUAGUUGUUUUCGUACAUCAAUUUGGGAUGAAACAUUGUAUAAAAUCGUUCAUCAACUCGUACCAAAUGUCACUCGUUUAGAAAAAACGCUUAAAAAUUUUGCUGAAAUAAUUGAUGCUGAUGAAAUACUAUUAUUCGAAAAAGCCACAUUUUUAAUUAUAUCGCAUUGUACACGAAAACACCAUCGCGAUCCACAACGUUUUGAAAAAAUAAGUGAAAUAAUUAAGCAAUUUAAAUUGAGCUGCAGUAAAUUAGCAGCACAAUUUCAAUCGAUGGAAGUUCGAAAUUCGACAUUUGCUUGUUUCAUUGAAUUAUGUACACCAAACACAUUUGUAUUAGUUGUGAUAUCAGACCCAACUAUAUCCACAGAAGUAACAUUGAUGAAUAUUCGUAAUGCCAGAAAAGUAUUUGAAAAACUUGAAAAAGAUGGUAUAAAAACAUGA